GUUGCGCAAAAACCAGAUGAAUUAGAAAAGAAGCAGCAAUUGCUUCUCAAGCUGAACACCAAUCAAAUGCAAAGAGCCUUUUUUUUUUUAUAAUUAUUUUCAGUUCCUUUCUUUCUUCUGAUCAGUGGGACUUCUUGUUGCUCUAUUCCAAGGGAUUUUGAGUGUCAUUUGAAAAGCAGGAGGCCUGAGCGUGCAGACUAACUCCACAAUCCAUGGAUAAAGAUGCUAGGGUGGAAGAGACUGUUGGUUUGAGAAACAAUGUGGAAUUGGGGAGAUCAGUCUCCGAUAAGCAUCUUGAUCUUUUAAGGCCAUCUGCUCGGAAUUAUUCAAGAGGACAAGCAAUGGAUGCAACAGGCCAUGAAAAGGGAAAGUAUACCUUAAUUAGAGAUCCAGAAGACUUCCAAAUGGGAAUUUAUGAUAAACCCCUUCCAUAUUUUGGUUGUGGAAUUGGAUGGUUCUCGUUUCUUUUUGGAUUUCUAUGCCCUCCUAUGUGGUACUAUGCAACAAUACUCUAUUUCGGAAAUCACUAUCGCAAGGAUCCUAGGGAACGGGCAGGGCUGGCAGCCUCUGCAAUUGCUGCAUUAGUGUGCUCUAUAGCUUUGCUGACAAUUGCAGCAAUUCUUCUGUUAAAAUCGCCGUCCCUCUAAGUCAAAUUAAAGUGUAAAAGUGAAAGUUGAGAAGAACAUUUGGAAGCAAUUCUGACGAGAUAUCAGAAACAAUGGGAAAAAGAGCUUGCACAUUGUUGGUGAAGCAAAUCACAAGAAGAAAUCUGUCGUCUAUACCACAAGUUGAGAGAAGGAUGAUCCGUCAUAGCCCUUAAUGAUGAUUUCUGAACUGAUGUAUGCUCAAAAUAACUCUCAUG